AUGGGAAUGCAAAGUAUUCAAGUCUUGUUCAAUACUUCUGAAGUGAUUUAUGUUUUAAUCUUCAUUGGAUCUAUUUUCACUACUAUCUGGCACAUCUUACGUGUUAGUAGACAACAACUCACUAAUAUUGAUCCCGUACAAGCCAGCAGGAUUACUAUGGCGGUUCAAACGCAUUUGGAACUAAUUUUUAACAAGAAGUUUGGCGAUAUCAAUUCUACUUUAGAAAACAUAGAAGUGAGUACGGAUGCCCUUCUUAAUCGACUCUAUAGUAAGGAAACGGGUUUGGAUGAUGAAAUUAAAACAUAUCUGACCAAAAAGUUCAACGAAGUUAACGCCGAGAACCAUGAAAACAUGUUGGCAUUAUACGAUAAGCUUCUUAAUAUCGAAGGGCGUGUUUGGUCAGCGAACGACGAGCAAUAUGAUAAUUUUAUGACAAAUACAGCUCGCUUCAGUGAACAGCUUAAUAGACAUACUCGAUCAAAUGAUGAGAUCCUUACCAUCCGUGAAAAACUUGACCACCUUGAAGGAUAUUUAAGAAUUCUGGCCCCGCAUAUUCUAAAUAUCACUCCUGUAUCCAGCUCUAAUGAUUCAUCAUCUUUUACAGGCUCAAGCGAAGAAGAUAAUUUGGAAGAUAUCUUCAU